UUUAAAAAGUUCCUCUAUUCAUUUCUUCGUCUGACUGGUGUGGUGAGCAAGUCUUCUCCAGCUGUUAAAAGAUGUUGAAGAAAGCCAUGCUUGUUGGCCUCUUAGCCGCCAUUGUGUAUUUUGUGGGUACGACUGUCAAGAUGAUGGGUUUACAUCUACAUUACUACAAGCAUCAUCCAGGCACGUGUAGAGUCAUUGAGACUGCUGGCCCCGGUUCUGAGGACUUCCAUGUGACGUCAGCGGGUCUUGCAUUCAUAACAUCCGGUCUUGCAUUCGCGUCUGCGCCCUCUAGUUUCCUCGAAUUCCAUAAGAUAAACAACAUCAAGGGGCGCAUACUCAUCUAUAACUUCAGGAACCCGAAAAAAGGCGCAGUGGAGCUGAAAAUCAAGCCCAAUGAAACUCUGGAUCUAGCAAAGUUCAAACCCCAUGGGAUCAGCGUGCUGGAAGACAAAGCGAAAGGAGAACACCUUGUCUACGUUGUGAACCACCCCAUUCCCGAACCGGACGCUGUCGAAAAGUUCCGAUAUAAUCCGAAGACGAACGAGCUCGUUCAUCUCAAGUCAAUCACGAGUAAACUAAUGAAGAUUACAAACGAUCUUGCAGUUUUGGAGGAGGACAAGUUCUACAUUACCAACUUCAACUAUUUUAAUAACCAUUUUUUGACUGUUGUUGAGGGUCUGUUUCAGCUGCCUUUAGGAGGAGUUCUCUACUACAAUGGCACGGGCUUUACGCAGGUGACCCCAGGCCUUAAGCAGCCCAACGGCGUGUUUCUGUCGAAAGAUCUCAGAUAUCUGUACGUGAACGUGAUGGUGGAACAACAAGUCCAUGUGUACAAGCGGGAAAAGGACAACUCCCUGGCUCUUGUCCAGGUCGUGUCAUUUCACUCGUCCUUGGAUAAUCUACACCUGAGCCAGGACGGGAAAACUCUCUACAUCGGCGCACACCCAAUCGCUUUCAAGGCCAUGGGACAUAUGGCGGACCCUCCUCUGAGGGCUCCUUCACAAGUGCUGCAACUGCCGUUGAAUGUGACGAACGGGGAGAUCCUGAUGGACCAGAUCACAGAGCUGUUCUAUGACCACGGAGACCUCAUUACGGGCUCUUCUGUUGGCGCUGUCUACAACAACUCUCUUCUCAUUGGCUCCCUCAUGGACGCUCUGGUUGUCUGCAACUCCGUCCGAGCCACCUAGAUGUGUGGUCUCUGAAAUAAUCGAGAUUGUGCCCAUAGGGGCGUGAACCAUUUGAAGCCAGUGAAGGAAAAAACUGGCGACGUCCAAGCCAUAAUACUUUUU